ACGAAAAGCCUGUUUUGGAGGAGGCUUUUCCUGAAAAUACUCUUCAACCAGGAUCAUCUGUGUCAAUGAGAUGUGGUGCCACAGGUACACCUCUCGCGCAAGUCACGUGGCUACUCGAUGGCUUUCCUCUUCCUAACUUGUUACGUUUUCGAGUUGGAGACUACGUCACUCAGUCCAAUCAAGUGGUCAGCCACGUCAAUAUCAGUGCCAUUAAACCCGAAGACGGGGGAUACUUCGCUUGUAUCGCCAGGAAUGAAGUUGGUAAAGUCGUCCAUCAGGGGAAACUCAACGUCAUUGGACCACCUGUAGUUCGUAAAAUGCCCAACAUGACCGUGCUUUCAGGCCACAGCUUUACUGUCCAGUGUCCAGCUGGAGGCUAUCCUUUGACAUUCAUCACGUGGGAGAAAGUUCCGCCGAAGAUUGACCCGUUUCGUUUCUCUGAGGACCUGGAGGAGGGAAUGAGAAGCGUAGUGUUCUGUGCCGUGGUGGCAGGAGACCCUCCUGUCUCUCUAACCUGGUUAAAAGACGGGGAACCUUUACAGCCCGAAGAAGGUGUCACAGUCGAGAUGUUGAACGACUUCACUUCCACUCUGGUGUUCCAGUCGGCCCAUUUCAAACACAGCGGGAACUAUACCUGCGUAGCUAGUAAUUCCGCGACCACUGUCAACUACACGGCCACAAUGGUUGUGAACGUUCCCCCAUUUUGGAAAAUUCAACCAACUGACCUAUCAGCGGUCAAAGGAGAAACGAUAAUCAUUGACUGUCAGGCUGGAGGAUUCCCCAGUCCUCAAAUCAGGUGGAAGAUAAACCAAGGGAGCUCAGGAUCGUUUCGAACGGUUAUCAGUAACCCUCACAUACAGAUCCUUGAAAAUGGAUCCCUCGUAUUGAGAGGAGUAGAUGUAGAUGAUUCUGGAAGCUUCAUGUGUCAGGCAAACAACGGGAUAACCCCAAGUCUAAGCGUAGUGAUACAGCUUAAUGUUCACAUCCCUGCAUAUGUAACAACGGAGUUCCAGUCCAUCACAGUAAGGAAGGGGGCGUCUGUGAAUUUAACGUGUGAAGCUUUUGGUGAGAUGCCUGUGGUCAUUAAGUGGCAAAAAGACAGACAGCCCUUCACCACAGCUCUUCACAAGUCUAGGUACACGGAAGUCACAGAGAUGACAGAUGAUCGGAUUAUUUCUGUCUUGAGGAUUCUAUUUAGUGACCGCCAAGAUUCAUCCUUGUUCUCGUGCAUAGCGUCUAAUUCUCACGGAACAGACGAGUCCAACUUCCAAGUACUUGUUCAAG